GUUUGAAAGAAUCAGUAUGCUGGUAAUUCUCCUGAACUGUGUCACUUUGGGUAUGUUCCACCCUUGUGAAGACAUGGGCUGUGACUCCCCACGCUGCAAGAUUCUCCAGAGUUUUGAUGAUUUUAUCUUUGCCUUCUUUGCGGUGGAAAUGAUAAUCAAAAUGAUUGCCUUGGGGAUUUUUGGGAAGAAGUGCUACCUGGGAGACACAUGGAAUCGUCUGGACUUUUUUAUAGUUCUAGCUGGCAUGCUGGAAUACUCUCUGGACUUGCAGAAUGUCAGUUUCUCAGCUGUUCGGACUGUCAGGGUACUCCGGCCCUUAAGAGCUAUUAACCGAGUUCCUAGCAUGCGCAUCCUGGUUACCCUGCUUUUGGACACACUUCCUAUGUUGGGGAAUGUCCUCCUUCUCUGUUUCUUUGUCUUCUUCAUCUUUGGUAUUGUUGGAGUCCAGCUUUGGGCAGGGCUGCUUAGGAACCGCUGCUUUCUACCCGAAAACUUCAGUCUGCCUUACACUGUGGAGCUGGAAUCCUACUAUCAGACGGAGAAUGAAGAUGAAAGUCCUUUCAUCUGUUCACAGCCUCGAGAAAACGGGAUGCGGUAUUGCCGUAGCAUUCCAACCCGGAGGGAGGAAGGCCUGGAGUGCACCCUGGACUAUUAUUCCUACAAUGACACCACUAAUACCUCUUGUGUCAACUGGAACCAAUAUUACACAAACUGUUCUGCCGGGGAGCACAACCCUUUCAAAGGAGCUAUCAAUUUUGAUAACAUCGGAUAUGCAUGGAUUGCAAUAUUUCAGGUCAUCACCCUGGAGGGCUGGGUAGAUAUCAUGUACUUCGUCAUGGAUGCUCAUUCCUUCUACAACUUCAUCUAUUUCAUUCUCCUGAUCAUUGUGGGCUCUUUCUUCAUGAUAAAUCUCUGCCUUGUGGUCAUAGCAACUCAGUUCUCAGAGACCAAGCAGCGAGAGAGCCAGCUAAUGAAGGAGCAGCGAAUCCGCUACCUCUCCAACGCAAGCACGCUGGCUAGCUUUUCGGAGCCAGGAAGCUGUUAUGAUGAACUUCUCAAAUAUCUCGUCUACGUCCUUCGUAAGGCCAGCAAACAAGUGAUGGAAGCCUGUCGGACUACAGGGGUAAAGAUGGGCUUUCUCUCCAGUCCAGGCAGUAAGAACAGUGCAGAGAGACAACCGUGCAAACAUCGUCCACGGAAAAGGUCAUCAGUGCAUCACCUUAUUCACCACCACCAUCACCACCACCACCACUAUCACCUAGGUAAUGGAAGCCUACGGGCACCACGAGCCAGUCCUGAAAUUAGUGAUGUUGAAACCAGCUCCCUUCACAAUGGUGCCAAUCGACUGAUGCUUCCUUCAGUAGUCAACCCUUCUCACAUGGCAUCUGGCAACACUGAAUCUGUUCACAGUAUCUACCAUGCAGACUGUCAUUUUGAGCCAAUUCAUUGCCAAUCAUCUCUCUCUCAGGUUGGUCUCAGUUUGCCAGGACCUGAGGUGCUUCCCAAGACUGUUGUUGGCAGCAAGGUUUACCCAACUGUACACCCAAGUAGCUCCCAUGAACUCCUCAAAGAUAAAGGUUUAGCAGAGUCCACAUUGAACCCUGGGGCUAGCACACUGAUGAACCUUAACAUCCCUCCAGGGCCUUAUAGUCCAAUGCAGAAGCUACUGGAAACACAGAGCACUGGUCCUUGCCAAAGUUCCUGCAAGAUAUCCAACAAGGGGGGGAAACCUGAUAAUAUUUGCAACCCAGAAAGUUGUCCCUAUUGCACAAAAACUUUGGCUAACAGUCCAGAGCAGAAGGAUCACGAGGCAGGAGACUCAGACAGUGAUGGAGUAUACGAAUUCACCCAGGAUGCUCACUACAGUGACCAGAGAGACCCUCAGCGCUGGAAAGCUCGGGGAAGAAACACAAUAAAAAUUCUAGUUUUCUGGAAGGUGGUUUGUGAGACAUUUCGGAAGAUUGUGGAUAGCAAAUACUUUGGCCGUGGGAUCAUGAUCGCUAUCUUGAUCAAUACCCUCAGCAUGGGGAUUGAAUAUCACGAGCAGCCAGAAGAACUCACCAAUGCACUGGAAAUCAGCAAUAUUGUGUUUACUAGCCUCUUUGCCCUAGAAAUGCUUCUGAAGCUUCUUGUGUAUGGCCCUUUUGGUUACAUCAAAAAUCCCUACAAUAUCUUCGAUGGAAUCAUUGUAGUGAUCAGUGUGUGGGAGAUAGUGGGACAGCAAGGCGGAGGCUUGUCUGUUUUACGAACCUUCCGUCUUAUGCGAGUUCUAAAACUGGUCCGGUUUAUGCCUGCUCUUCAGCGCCAGUUAGUCGUCCUCAUGAAAACAAUGGAUAAUGUGGCCACCUUCUGCAUGUUACUGAUGCUCUUCAUCUUUAUCUUCAGUAUCCUUGGGAUGCAUCUCUUUGGGUGUAAGUUUGCUUCAGAGAGAGAUGGAGACACUCUCCCUGACAGGAAGAAUUUUGAUUCCUUGCUCUGGGCCAUUGUUACUGUUUUCCAGAUCCUGACUCAGGAAGACUGGAAUAAAGUCCUCUACAAUGGCAUGGCUUCUACCUCUUCCUGGGCUGCUCUCUACUUCAUUGCCCUCAUGACAUUUGGGAAUUACGUUCUCUUUAAUUUGUUGGUUGCUAUCUUGGUGGAAGGCUUUCAGACGGAGGGGGACGCUACUAAAUCGGAUUCUGAGGGGGAACUUUUCCCCCAUAGUUUGGAAGAAGAGUCUGGACUUAAGAAAAAUUUUUCAAAUCCAGCCUUGAUGGCUCUUUGUGAUCACCCAGAGCUAAAGAAGAGCUUGACUCCCCCACUUAUCAUUCACACAGCUGCUACACCCAUGCCCUUGCCAAAAAGUGCCAUCUAUGGAGAAGUGGCUCAGGAUUAUGAUUCCCGAAGAGCUAGCGGCAUCUCCAUGGAUCCUAAUACAUUUGAUCUCAAAUCCCCGGUCAGCACCCGGAGCUCUCCACAUGGCCCAUGGAGUACAGGAAGUAGCUGGAACAGCCGCAGGUCGAGCUGGAACAGCAUCGGGCGGGCACCUAGCUUGAAACGCCGCACAAACCAGAGCAGUGAGCAUAAAUCGCUUUUGUCAGGGGAUGGAAAGCAGAGUUCGGAGGAAGGGGAAAGCUCAGAUGAAGAACAAUCCAGCCGGACUGGGAGCGUUAACGGCUCUAUACCUCACCGCAUGGAGUCAUUAGAAACCAAAGGCUCCUUUGACUUCCAAGAUACCCUGCAGGUGCCUUCUCUCUACCGGACCAGCAGCAUCCAUAGUAGCCACAGCACUACAACAGAGCGCCAAGACUACAAUGGCAAAACAACCCCAAGAGUCUUGAUUCAGCAGCUUCAUUUGGAUGAUCCGCUCCCAGAAUGUGAUGAUUUGGACGAUGAGGGCAACUUAAGUAAAAAGGAUCGUAUGAAGGCUUGGAUAAGGGCACACCUCCCUUCCUGGUGCAAGGAAAGAGAUUCCUGGUCUGUCUACAUCUUUGCUCCUCAGUCUAAAUUCCGUCUGAUAUGCAAUAAAAUCAUUUCUCACAAGAUGUUUGAUCACAUCGUCUUGGUUAUCAUUUUUCUGAACUGUAUCACCAUUGCAAUGGAACGUCCUAAAAUUGAACCCUACAGUGCUGAACGGAUUUUCCUCACUCUCUCCAAUUAUAUUUUCACAGCAAUCUUCUUGGCUGAAAUGACCAUAAAGGUGGUGGCUCUGGGCUUGUGCUUUGGAGAGAAGGCCUACUUGAGAAGCAGUUGGAAUGUGCUGGAUGGGGUGCUGGUUCUCAUCUCUGUGGUUGAUAUCCUGGUUUCAAUGGUUUCCGAUAGUGGAACAAAAAUCCUUGGAAUGCUAAGAGUUUUAAGGCUGCUGCGAACUCUUAGGCCAUUAAGGGUCAUCAGUCGAGCACAAGGACUGAAGCUAGUUGUGGAAACCCUGAUGUCCUCCCUGAAACCCAUUGGAAACAUUGUUGUGAUUUGCUGUGCUUUUUUCAUCAUUUUUGGCAUCUUGGGAGUCCAGCUGUUCAAGGGGAAGUUUUUUGUCUGCCAAGGGGAAGACACAAGGAACAUUACCAACAAGUCAGACUGUGCAGAAGCCAACUAUAAAUGGAUCCGGCACAAGUAUAAUUUUGAUAAUCUUGGCCAGGCUUUAAUGUCUUUGUUUGUUCUGGCCUCUAAAGAUGGGUGGGUGGACAUCAUGUAUGAUGGAUUGGAUGCUGUAGGAGUAGAUCAACAGCCAGUCAUGAACUAUAACCCUUGGAUGCUCCUCUACUUUAUCUCCUUCCUGCUGAUUGUUGCCUUCUUUGUCCUCAACAUGUUUGUGGGAGUUGUGGUGGAGAAUUUCCAUAAGUGUCGUCAGCAUCAGGAGGAAGAAGAAGCCAAGAGACGAGAAGAGAAGAGGCUCCGACGCCUGGAGAAAAAGAGAAGGAGUAAGGAGAAACAGAUGGCUGAUCUAAUGCUGGAUGAUGUAAUAAUGGACAGCUCAGCCAGUGCAGUGCCAGAAGCACAGUGUAAACCGUACUACUCUGAUUAUUCUCGCUUCCGACUUCUGAUUCACCAAAUGUGCACCACCCAUUAUCUGGAUUUAUUCAUCACAGGUGUGAUUGGGCUCAAUGUCAUCACCAUGGCCAUGGAGCAUUACCAGCAGCCCGAGAUUCUUGAUGAAGCUCUGAAGAUCUGCAAUUACAUUUUCACAGUCAUCUUUGUCAUGGAAUCAGUUUUCAAGCUCAUUGCAUUUGGGUUUCGUCGGUUCUUCCAAGAUAGAUGGAAUCAAUUAGACCUAGCGAUAGUACUCUUGUCCAUCAUGGGGAUCACACUGGAAGAGAUUGAGGUGAAUGCAUCACUGCCCAUCAACCCUACCAUUAUCCGCAUUAUGAGGGUCCUAAGGAUUGCUCGAGUGUUAAAAUUGCUGAAGAUGGCUGUAGGGAUGAGAGCUCUUCUGGAUACAGUCAUGCAGGCACUGCCUCAGGUGGGGAAUCUAGGUCUUCUCUUCAUGUUGUUGUUUUUCAUAUUUGCAGCUCUUGGGGUGGAGCUGUUUGGGGAUCUUGAAUGUGAUGACACUCAUCCCUGUGAGGGUUUAGGGAGGCAUGCAACAUUUCGCAACUUUGGAAUGGCUUUCCUCACACUCUUCCGGGUAUCCACAGGAGACAAUUGGAAUGGGAUAAUGAAGGACACAUUGCGGGACUGCGACGAGGAAUCCACCUGUUACAACACCGUCAUCUCGCCUAUCUACUUCGUCUCUUUUGUGCUGACAGCCCAGUUUGUCCUGGUGAAUGUGGUGAUUGCUGUCCUGAUGAAGCACCUGGAGGAGAGUAACAAGGAAGCUAAAGAAGAAGCAGAACUGGAGCUGGAGCUGGAAAUGGAAAUGAAGACAAUCACAUCGGGUCAGCACCCACCUUCUGACUCUUUCAUGUGGGCAGGCAGUAACACAGGAGAACGGCCAGAGAGUCCUGGAGGAUACACCAACCCCAUGCAAAUCAAAGUGGAUUCUCAGCUGUCAAUGGUUCAUCCUAUGGAAAGACACUUGUUUGAUACCAUAUCACUGCUGAUCCAGGAAUCUCUGGAAGGAGAGUUGCAGCUGAUGGACAACUUGUCAGGCUCUGUAUGCCAUCAUUAUGCCCUUCCAACUACUGACACUUACAACCCUGAGAAACAGGUUAAUAUUAUUAAUUUCCAAAAGGGGUUCUUAUUUGAUAUAAAGUAGGCUUAGCUAAGACUGCAAUCCAUUAUGCAUGCACCUGUAAGUUUCUCCCAUUAAACUUAGCAUUGCUUACUUCUGAAUAAACCUUCUGAGGAUUGCACUGUCAAAUAAAACUGUGGGCAAAUGGAUUUCUUUUUGUUGAAAAUGGGUAUUAGUUUUAACCCAAUCU